GAACUCUACCUCUUCCUUCUCCCACAUCCUCUCCACCCUCCAUCGUCGUCUCCCUCGUCGUCCACCCCCUUCCACACGAGGUUGGCGAGUCACUUGCCCAUCCACCUCCACGAUGACCUCUCGAUUACUCUCCCGGACCAUUCAACGUCCCAUCGCAUCAUCCUCGCGAGCCCGUCUCCCCUCCCCAUGCCCAUCUUCCCGCACCCCCGUACCGCGACAACUCUUCCAAUCCCGUUUCAACUCGUCUUAUGUCUCAUCAUCGACUGCUACCGGAACCUCUACCUCCGGCGCAUCCUCUGAUCCAACAUCAUCUUCUUCCCUCAAUGAAAUCAAUGCAUCCACCCCGGAUAGCGCUCCUGUACACAAGAAGAUUCCCAAGGCUUUGGCUGCUUUCUCGAUGGCGAACAAGGUUUGUAUGGUAACGGGUGGUGCUCGUGGACUUGGAUACGAGUUUUGCAAGGCAUUCGUCGAUAGUGGAUGCACGGAUUUGGCUAUUCUCGAUCUCAAGGAAGAUGAGGCUCAAGCAGCAGCGGAGGAGCUCGUAAAAUCAGUAUGCGUUGACAGUGAUUUUGAACCAAGCGACUAUCGCGUAAUGGGCAUCGGAUGCGACGUAUCAUCCGAGUUGAGUGUCCACCUGGCGUACAGACGAGUCAUGGAUAACUACGGCCGAAUCGACUCUGUCGUCGCUUCCGCUGGUAUCGUCGAAAACUACUCUGCCUUCGAUUACCCGUUCGACCGGAUAAAGCGUCUGUAUGAUAUCAACGUUCAUGGCGCGUUCUUCACUGCGCGUGAAGCUGCGAGACAUAUGAUCCCGCAGGGCGGAGGAAGUGUCGUGUUGGUUUCUAGCAUGUCUGCCAACAUCGUGAACAUCCCUCAACCCCAGACGCCUUACAAUGCCGCCAAAGCUGCCAUCCAUCGUAUUUGUGUUCUGCUUCCUGGCGACGUGUGGGGUCCGGUGGGGUUUGUGAUGUUAUCUUUCUCCGUUCCGUCUGGAACAGUUUCAUCUCGCUAUCUUACUGGAGCGUGAUGUGUUGGAUCCCCGUUUGCGGCUCCACUAGCAGAUGCCGACGCUUCCCUUGUCCAGAUGUGACGCGUCGCAUUAGGUGGAUAUGGUCCGUUCGAUCAGCGUUUGCUGUGUUGCUUCUUCCGCGAUGGAUGGCAACAGGAACACGGGAUCAGCUUGUUCGUCUAAAAGGUUAAACGCUUGAUAGCCCAUAAAGUUACUGUGAGGGUGUAGCGGGUUUCAUGUUACACGUCCGACCGGGCGUUGACAUGGCGUAUUUGCAUUUUCACGUCUACCCCGCGAUCUUACCCCGCAUCUUUGAUGUGCUCUAUUUCAUAUACGCAGUGUCAGUCAUUAUCGGGCCUGGGUGGUCUGCGACCGAUGUCGCAUGUGGUUGCCGUUCUUCAAUAGGCAUCCUAUGUUUCAAUCAUCUUCCUGCAAUCUAUCUGUCAUCCUGAAGUCCAAACACUAACCUUACUUCUCUGCGCAGCCGUCAAGCACAUGGCUGCAUCGCUUGCUGUUGAAUGGGCUAAGAAGGGUGUACGGGUGAACUGCCUGAGUCCGGGGUACAUGUUGACCAAAUUGACGAAGACGAUCUUGGCGCAUGACCCGGAGCUGAAGCGCACUUGGGAGAGUUUGACUCCGAUGGGACGAAUGGGUGACCCUGAGGACCUCGCUGGUGCUGUCGUCUUCCUUGCGAGCGACGCGUCGAGGUUCAUGACAGGGUCGGAGAUCCGAGUUGAUGGUGGAUACUGCAUCAUCUAAAUGAUGGUGCUGGCUGCAUGACACACGGACAUGGCCUUUUCAUACUCAGUCUCCUGGUAUCGGUUUCUUUCAUAGGGUUUUGAAGGGCAAAUGAAUGUUCAAUUUCUCUUUUCCCGUCUCUUGCUGUCAUUUCCUCCAUCUUCCAUCUUCCAUCUCACUUCAUCUAAUUCCUAAUCCAAUGCAAACAAAAGUUACAUAUCGAAUACUCACGUGGACGUUGAUAGACUGACUGACUCAUUAGCCGUAUCCUGUUUUGUCGUUGUGUGUACAUAAACGUAGAUUGUUCUUCUCGGUUUCUUUGCUUUUCUAUAGACUGUAGCGUACUUGAAUAGGAUUUAGUCGAUCUGCUUUCCAUCCCAAGUUUGUGUGCCCUUGUC